UGAUUCUAAUACCCGCCGCCGCCGCCGUCUUCUCCGGCGAGCAGGAGACCCCUCCCGCCGUUCGGAGCUCGGACGCUUUCUCGCCGCUGCUCACCUUCCGUUCCCUCCCCUUCCACGCGCCGCCGCCGCCGAUUCUUUGCUCCGUUUGGCGGCCGCUGGGCCGUACGGGAGGGGGUGGGACUGGAUGGAGUCGUCGGUGCGGAGGGUGCAGCAGCGGGUGAGGAAGGCGCGGGAGGAGAUGGAUCGGUGGGACGACCUCAACUCCCGCCUCCUCUCUCAGUUCGCAAACGCUGCCGCCAUCGUUGCUCGUCUCCCGGUGCUGGAAGAGGUUAAGAACUAUGGUGUCCUACGAUGUGUCCCUAACAUCAGAGAGAAUCUUUUGGGUAAGCAAAUGGAGAGUUUGGAGAUCAUCUUCGUCUCUAUGAGGGAGACAGUGGAGGAAUUCAAUAGCAUUGCCAGAUCUUUACAUAAGGCUUUGCGGGAUACUAAUCAAAUGGUGAGAGGUGGGUCUGCACUCAGUGCAAAACAGAUGCAGUUACAAGUGGGAAUUUUGCCAACUAUAGCAGACUGCUUGGAUGGGCUACGGACUUUAUGUGAAAUGCACCAGGCCGAGUAUGCACUAAAAUCAUCAGUCAUCUCUUCGCUGACAUGGACGAGCAGUUCCAGUGACAUUGCCGCGAUGCGUCAACUCUUAGUAGACCAGCCAAACAUACCAAAAGAUGAAGUGCAAGCUAUUUUUGACAUUAUAUUCGCAGAUGAAAUCUGUUGAUGUACUUGCACGAUUGCUAUUGGAAGCACUAUGCCCUGGAGUCCUGGACAUGUUGACAUCAUUAUGUUUUGAUGUACUUGCAUGCCCAGAUGGCCAGAUGAACCAAAGAUGCUGAUGCACUGUAACAAAGCUGGAAUUGCUGUGUCUGGCUGCCAGCAAGAGAGUAGGAUGUAGGAGUAGCUUUCUAACAUACACUAAAAUAUCUUCCCUUUUUUUAUCCCCAAAUUUUCCUAGUUCUAUGUUAACAGUCAUGUCCUGGAGACUAAAAUUUAUCUUUGACUGAAUGCACAUUUUCAUGUCCUGGAGACUAUAAU